AUGGACCGAGACCGAGAAACUGCGACAGCUCCAGCUCCAGCUCUAGCUCUAGCUUCCACUGCGACACCCACGAGCUCACUGAGGGGCCUCAAGCGCACAGCAGACGACUCGUUCGAUGAUGACCAUCGCUUUGCCAAACGCUUCAAUUUACUCAAUCUAGCCAACGGCCAUGACAAGCUCUACAUUCCCGUCUCCUCAAGGCCGCAACUCCAGAGCGGCCUCUCUCAACCUCCUCCCCUCGAAGAGCACAUGCAGCUAGACGAUACGAAGGACCGUGUAUACAUCCACAACCUCGACGAUGAACUCGCAGACAUUGAAUCCGACGAAGAGAAGCUCAUCUUCCUCCCGGACAUUGAAAAGAAGUUCAACACUAUACCAAGACACAUCCUGAUCGGAGAGAAGAAAGACUCGAAUCAAGAACUCGUCCUCUACAACCUGCCACCUUCGUUGUCUGUGCCUGUCGAGCAAGACAAUGUACGAAAGGCCAUACUCGAGGCCCGCCAACGCGCAAAGGAAAAGGCCACUGCCAAUCCUCCUUCCUCGCCGACCCGCGCAGACGGGCAUCCUCCAGAAGAGCAGAUCGAGACUGCCCAUGGCUACGACUCUCCAGACUAUGGCCUGGAUGAAGACACGAAUGACACGGAUGACAUGGAUGACGAUGAGGACGCAAUGGAUUUAUCUUGA